GUUGGUAAGUCAUUGAGAGGUCCCUUUUAUCAGCAGCUUGCAGCGACAAGAACGACGACGAGCAUGGACGGACCGGACCAGUGGAUCGAGAACCUGCGCGCGGGGAAGCUCCUCACGGAGCUGCAGCUCAAGAUGGUCUGCGAGAUGGUCAAGGACAUCCUCGUUGAGGAGGGCAACGUGCAGGCGGUGUCGAGCCCAGUCACGGUCUGCGGCGACAUCCACGGCCAGUUCUACGACCUCCUCGAGCUCUUCCGCGUCGGCGGCGAGCUCCCGACGACCAACUACGUCUUCAUGGGCGACUUUGUCGAUCGUGGCAACAACAGUGUCGAAACGUUCGAGCUGCUCCUGUGCCUCAAGGCGCGGUAUCCCGACCGCAUUACGCUCCUGCGCGGCAACCAUGAGAGCCGGCAAGUCACCCAGGUCUAUGGCUUUUACGAAGAAUGCGUCCGAAAGUACGGCAACGCCAACCCGUGGAAGUACUGCACAGACGUCUUCGACUACCUCAACCUUGCCGCCGUCAUUGACGGGCGCGUCCUCUGCGUCCACGGCGGCCUGUCGCCCGAAAUUCACACCCUGGACCAGGUGCGCACGAUCGAGCGCCAGCAAGAAGUGCCCCACGAAGGCGCGUUCUGUGAUUUGAUGUGGUCGGACCCCGAAGACAUUGAGACGUGGGCCAUGAGCCCGCGCGGCGCCGGGUUCCUCUUUGGCUCCAAGGUCACGGCCGAGUUCAACCACGUGAACGGCCUCGAGCUCAUUUGCCGAGCGCACCAGCUCGCGCAGGAGGGCUAUACAUACAUGUUUCCGGAGAAGAGCCUUGUGACGGUGUGGUCGGCGCCCAACUACUGCUACCGCGUCGGCAACUUGGCGGCGAUCCUCGCCUUUGACGAACACCUCAACCGCGAGUUCAAAAUCUUCCGCGAAGUGCCCGAGUCGACGCAGAGUGCGACCGUGCGCUCGACCGUGCCGUACUUCUUGUAG